AUGCCCAAUUUUGCCGAUAGUUUUUGGUCGGAAGAUCUGGCGUCAGGUCUGCAGGUUUUGUUCAAGGAAUUGCACAACGGAUGCGAAGAAUGUGACAUGUACAUCCAGCUGUUUGCCUCCCGGAUGCAAUUUGAGGUGAACUAUGGCCGGCAGUUGGGUGAAAUGAGGGGGGAUAUCGAUAAUUUGGACAGCAUCAAGGAUAAGGUGGGGAUAACCUCUGUGAGGGCGCUGCUGGGAAUGACAGAACAGAUGGUCCAAGAGGGCAAGCAGCAUCUCGCGAUUGCAUCAAACAUUGAAUCGUUUGUAUUGCAGCCGUUUAGCCGCUGGUGCGACGACCACAGGAAACGUUUGGAGUACUCAGAGAAGAUCCUGAUGAGCAAUGUCAGUAAUUAUCAAAAAUCGAAGAAAUACGUCUCGAAAUUGGAAAGUGACUAUUUCAACAGAUGCAGGCAGCUGGAAGACUUCAAGAGGUCGAACUUCAGUGAGGAGGAGCUGGUUAACGCUACAGCGUCGCUGAAGCUGCAGGAGAAAUACGAGAGUGACGUUGCCAGAGAAAUGGACUAUCAGCACUUCGCGACAGUGGGUGGGAUGGAAUUCGAUGUCAAGAGUAUGAGGGAGGCUUUGAUCGUACUUUUGACGAAGUUGCCCAAAACUGAGUACAGGGUUCCUCUCAUCAAUUACACUCUACAAAACACUAACAGUGGUGGUGAGAUAACAAAGUUCCUGUUAGAAAAUAUGUCUCUAAAAGAUGUCGACCAAGCCGAGAACUUUGGGCAAGAUUUGCUCAAUCUCGGGUUCCUGAGCUACUGCAACGGUGUGGGCAGCAACUUUGUGAAUUCUAAGAAAUUCCAGUAUCAGUGGAAGGGUUAUGCUUAUAAAUUUGCAAGGAUACCACAGCCUUUUGGCGAAGCAGAUGUGAACAUCCCACAAGUGGAUCCUAAAAUUUCUCAUUAUCUCAAGGACUUCACUUCGAAAAUGUCGUCUGCUUCGCCAAAAAUGCCGUCGAUACCAACCAACACAUCGAUGAUUGGACCAACUUUAUCGAAUGCUGAGAGAGAAUUGUUUAGACUGACAAGAGAUGUUGAAGCUGCCGAUAAGAAGUAUCGUCGGGAGUGUUUCAAGAUGGACUCUUUACGAUGUUCCGUGGAAGAACUUAUAGUAGACCACCUGUCGUUCAUGGAAAAAUGCGAGGUAGACAGACUGAAAGCAAUUAAGAAAGCCGCAUUCGACUUUUGUGGGGCCAUUGGCAACAAAAUAUCUAGCUUGAAGAUAAGCGUCGAUGCUAUGCUUGAAAAUGAUGAUCAAAUAGAUCCUUCCGCUGAUCUGCUAAACUUAUUGUUCCAGUAUCGAACAGGAGUAUUUCAGCCCCGAGUCAUCACGUACAACAACUACUAUAACCCAGGCGCCUUCCAAAAUUUUGGUAUAGACCUUGAAACACGCUGCCGAUUGGAUAAGAGAGUUGUACCGCUGAUAGCAAGCGUGAUCCUGUCCUAUAUGGACCAGGUAUAUCCGGAUCUCCCUAGUGAUAGACUGAGAACGGCAGUGUGGACAGCACCAGUUAAGCUAAGUCUUUCUCAUCAAUUAAGAAGUCUUCUAAACCAGCGGCAAUUCCAAACCGAUGCAGAGGUUUUGGAAGUCAUCAAAAAUUACAACGGCGAACCAAGUACCGUGGCCAGUGUUUUGAAAAUAUACCUCUUGGAGCUUCCUGAGCGAUUGAUAACUAAUGAAAUUUACGACGUUCUAAAAGUACUAUAUGCCGAGUACUCGCUCACUCCGAAGAGCAAUGCAGAAGAAACUACGGUGGAGGAAGUCGGCGAGCAACAACAAACCGAAGCACAGACGAAAGAACAAGCUGAAGUCGACCAGGACCGGAUAACCGGUCUUGCGACGACUCUGUCAACGCUUCCAAAGCCUUACAUAGCGACCCUUGAUGCCAUCGUCGCUCAUUUUCAUAGAUUGAUCAAAAUCUUGAAAAUGGGAAAAGAUGGAGAGCAAUUGGCAACUCAGUUCACUUCUGCGAUUUCGCAAGAGUUUGCAAAUUGUAUCAUUGAAGUUCACAUGCCUGAUGGAAAUGAUUUGGGCUAUAAGAUUUUCUACGAUUUACUGUCACACAGAAAGAAAGUCUUUGGUGAACUAAAGAGACAGGGCACCAAGAAUAAGAAGGUAAGCUCUUUAGUGCCUUGA